AGUUGUGCUGGGAGCGGCGUCUUCCCAGGGCUCUCCCGCUGCUGCUGGCCGGCUCUGCCCGGCGGGGACGGCGGCGCGCGGGUCCCGCCAGCCCGGAGCCCUGGCACCGCGCCCCGGUCGCCGUGGUUUCCCCGCCAGGCCGGAUCUGCGGUGUGGGUCCCGCCGGCCACCGACCUCGGCUGCUGCUCAAUCUGGGCUGCAUGUUUGUGGGCAGCGCCGGGACUCGGGAUGCAGGCUGGAGGAGGCGGGCGUGGAGCGGGAAGACCGCAUCUGGGACGCGGGUUGAGACCGUGGGAUGGUUGAAGGACUGGGGAGAGACCCACUGUGUUGGUGGAUGUUUUUAGGCGCCCAGCUUUUUGUUUUUUUCCCUUCCAUUCAGCAGUCCGGUGUUCUUUGAACUCAGCAGAGCGAAGGAUUGUCUUCACUCCCGUUCCACUUUUCUGUUAUUUCGGGAGGGUCAUGAGUUCUCUGGAAGUCCAUAGGCUGUUUUAAUGGAAGGCCGUUUCUAACCUGCCGGCUGCUGCUGCCUUCCGUGCUGGGCUGAGAGCUGCGCUCUUGCCAGGCUCAAGGGAGGACCAGAGAGCCUCAAGCUGUCACCCCGAGUAGAGUGCCAUGGCAUUAUAGCAUGCAGCAACCUCCAACUCCUGGGCUCAAGCAAUUCUCCUGCCUCUGCCUCCCAAGUAACUGAGACCACAGGUGAACUUUGAAGCAGACUCUUGAGUUGACAGGUUUCUGCGUUUGGUUAAGAAGCACUGAACGGUGGCACUUUUUUGAAGUUUUUCAUUGAGUCUUCCAGCAUUCCUGCAGAUAUCAAUAGGUGAGGCCGCCCGGCAGGCGGUGCUGCGGCUCCGGCCAGAGGAAGCGCGUCCCGCAGCGUGCAUGCCGCCGGCUGCGGGAGUGGAUGACUGCAGCUGCGACUUCCUUCCCGGGCCGCUCGAGCCUCCUUCCUCACCGACUUUCUUUUUUGAUUAACUCCGUGGUCGCCUGACUCUUUCUCCGCCUUGGACAUCAAUAUGUGUCAUGUCAUUGUCACCUGUCGCUCGAUGCUCUGGACCCUCCUGAGUAUUGUGGUGGCUUUUGCAGAGCUCAUUGCCUUCAUGAGCGCGGACUGGCUCAUUGGGAAGGCUAAGAGCCGCGGCGGCGCCGAGCCCGCCGGCCCGGGCGGGGGCGUCCCCGAGUCCUACCACCGCACCCUGGGCAUCUACUCGCGCUGCACGCGGAACCCGGGGCUGCAGCACUUCCCGCGGGACAUGCUGUGUGGGCCCUACGCCGAGAGCUUCGGCGAGAUCGCCAGCGGCUUCUGGCAGGCCACUGCGAUUUUCCUGGCCGUGGGGAUCUUCAUUCUCUGCAUCGUGGCCUUGGUGUCCGUCUUCACCAUGUGUGUGCAGAGCAUCAUGAAGAAAAGCAUUUUCAACGUCUGCGGGCUGUUGCAGGGAAUCGCAGGUCUAUUCCUUAUCCUUGGUCUGAUACUCUACCCCGCUGGCUGGGGCUGUCAGAAGGCCAUAGACUACUGUGGACAUUAUGCAUCUGCCUACAAACCUGGCGACUGCUCCUUGGGCUGGGCCUUUUACACUGCCAUUGGAGGCACAGUCCUCACCUUCAUCUGUGCCGUCUUAUCCGCACAAGCAGAAAUUGCCACCUCCAGUGACAAAGUACAGGAAGAAAUUGAAGAGGGGAAAAACCUUAUCUGUCUCCUUUAGUUUGGAAAGACAUUAAUGCCAUUUCUUCCUUGAGUAAUCUCCUGAAAAGAGUCCCCCUCCAGGUUGGUCAUUUGAAUCAAGUGGAGAACUAGCUUUACACACCAAAGCCACAUUCCACAGCCCCAGGCUAACAGGACCAGUUGAGUGGCAACAUCUGGCUAAGCAAAGUUACUGGACAUGAGGACUGCAGUGCAAAUUAUAAGGGAAGGAACAUGAAAAUAGUACAAAAACCCUGACAUGCAGUCACCAAGUUCCGUCAGACGCUUCCUCCUCUGAGGCUCAAUGAAGGAUAAUGAUCAGAAUUACUAAGGCAGCAGUUUCUCUGGUAACAGAAGACAGUUUCUGCUCCAAAACUGCUCGUCUGUAAGCAUCUGUGCCUCAGAAUGAGAUUUUAGGUUGACGUUUUUGUUUUCCUCCUAGUCCCUUCAUGAAGAAUGGAAAACUACAAACUUGCUGAGAACAGGAUGUGUGCUAAAGGGAACAGCAAGACCCUAGCUCCUGCUUAGUUGACCAAAGAGCUCAGCAAGGAUGCUGUGGAAUCUUGUUGCAGAACUUAUUCGAGGCCGAAUUCCAGGAUAAGGAGGACCAAAUCAAAUGUAGCUAAGAUUUUAGAAAUUUGAGUAAAGAAACAGUUCCUGUACAAUCUAUAGGACAAAAGUACAUCUUCUCAGCAGCCAGACUAACACCAACACUGGCCUGGUCUCCCCAUCUGUGGGAGAUCUCGUGUGUUCUCACAGGGUUAGGGUUGCGCUUUGACUGCCAAAGGGAACUUCACCGUUUCCUCCUUCCAGGGACAGAGGUCUGUCUCUAAGCCAGCUGUGGCUCAUUCAGAUGGUCACUGGGAAGACUUGCCAGGAUGUUGGUUUUUGCAGGGAGACUUUUCCUCCCACUCUGGUAACCAGGCUGUACUCAGCUCUUAUUUCCAACCUUAUCAGUAGCAUACUGGCAUUCUUUGCAGGAAAAAAGGAGCUAGUCAUAGGACUUGUUUUCUGGUUACUGCUGUUGAUCCUGAAAGAAGACUGAAAUUACAUUAAAUUUUGUUGGAGCUGAAGAGUCGUAUCAAAGACUUUAUUCCCGGUGCAAAACAGGAGCUAGACCGAGGUCAUAGUGCACCUGCCCAAACCUGUUUACAAAAAGAAUCAAAUACCACUAUUAUAAAGGAUUCAGGAGCUUUUAAUCUACUUUCCAUAAAUUACCAGACUGAUUCAGGAAGAUGGUAUUCAGUAGCCAGGAAUAACCUAGUUUGGCAUUAUGUGAGCUGCACAAUUGGAGAGCGAUACAGACAUAUUCUGGACCUACCAUAUUUCUAGAAGGAUGAAAAGUGUAGUAGGUCUGCUCACUUGAGGGCUUUGUUUUGAAAAAUUAACAAUAAGCACCUUCUAUGGGCAAGGUAUUGGGUGCUAAGUAUCACCAAGUGUACAACCCUCACAUUUUACAACCUUGCCCCAGUGGAUCAUGUUAAAGCCAAAAACCAGAUGCAGAACAAACAAAUGCUUUAUGUAUAGGUGGAAGGAGGCAACUAAAGUUUUAUUACAUUCUAGCCUUUGGCCUAUACCAGAUAGCAGUGUGGAAGCUGGCCUUAAUAGGUUUACCAUUCUGUAACCAAUGAAGCAAGCAAGGUAUAAAUCCUAGGACUCUGAAGAGAGAAUGGGCAUCCUCACAGCAGGUGUCUUCAGAGCAGCGCCGGGGGAGGGUCACCACACAGACACAGGCUCUGGGAACCAUCAGUCAAGGCCCCAUCCCCGUUGUGUUCCUAAUGUUCUAACCAUCAUGUGUAACUACUUUCCAUACAUGGGCAAUAAUUUUCAUUAAAACAAAUUCCUUCGUCAGGCAAAUCUUAGUCAAAAACGUCAGAAAUAAAUCUUUCUUUACAAAACAGAGAAUCCAUUUUCUAACACCAAAUUUACAAUUUUAGUCUCCUCCUUACAAGUCCAGUCAAGCCCAAAGGGUCCUCCAGGCACAUCCAUCAUGGUGGUGUCCCCCUAGAUAAGCCUGGUAACAGUCACAAAUGAGAAUGUGACUUCUCUUGGCCAGAAUAAAAUUUCAUUUGACUACUCUAGAAGACAAAAAACACAUGCACAUACACAAACCCCACACCGCUAGACACUCCCUGAACACGGAUUAGGAAACCGAGCAGAGACUGAGUAAAGGGCCUUUUAAACCCUCACUGCCUCGGGAUGAAAGGACCGUCUAAAGUCCUGUGUCCAGAUAGCCUAGACCAUGCUCUUCCACAUGACUAUUUAAAAACCACUGAGUACAAGGGAUGUGCUAGAAAGAACUGUUAACACAUUGUUGACUCAUGCUUAUUUUUCUAAUAAAUAGGACCAUUACUACCACCAGAAGUCUUAUUUAUUUUGCCUGCAUUUAUGCUUAAAGUUUUGUGAUGGGCUGGGCUUCUCAAUAAACCCUGAGGCAGAAAUAUUUGCCUCAGAUUCUGUGGAUUCUUUAAACCUGUGUGCUAAUUCAACGAAGUUACAUUGUGUUUUUGUAUAGUUUUAAACACCUGUGGUGUAAUGAUCUGUUAAACAUGUAUUCUGUAAAGUGCCAUAGCCUAUGUGUAGCAUAUUUAAGAUAUAUGUAUAUUAUACAUACACAAGUCUGUAUGAAGAUGUGCAAUAACAAAGUUGUAUGUAUGGGUUUUUGUUUGUCUUUUUUUUUGAAACUGGACAGGAGUCAAAACAGGGAUGGUUCUGUUUUGGCAAAGAGAGUUACACAUUUAUGCCUUUAUGGGCUAGUCAUAAACCCGUACCAUUUUAAUGCUACACAAAUCUUAUGUGAAGAAAAGGCUGGUAUACAAUCACUUUCUCCCGGGUCUAAAUGAAGAUAAUCACCAGACUUAUGUGAAAGUUAAGCCAGCAACAAGCCAGGCCCAGCUAAUGCCAGUCUUUUAUGUGAAAUGUGAAGCUGCCGUGUUGCCUUUUCUGUGAGUGUGACAACUAGUAGCUGGUACCUAAUCACUAAGGAUCUAGUCCUUCACAUGCUUUUAUAGACCAUGCUAAUGCUAGACCACUGUUUAAGGGCUAAUCUCACACCUCUUUAGCUAUAGGAGUCUGGCUUAGAACAGACCUCUCUGUGCAAUAACAUGUGGCCCCUGGAAAUCCCUGGCCUGCAUCUGUAUUUGGGUAGCAAUGACUCCCAAGGGCCAAAAGAGCUAAAGGCAUGACUGGGAUUUCUUCUGAGACUGUGGUGAAACUCCUUCCAAGGCUGGGGGGUCAUCGGGUGCUUCAGAGGAACUUGGCACCACUUGAUAUUCAAUAGCCACUUGAGCCAAAUGUAAAAUUGUAUUUACAGCUGUUGGACUCGAUUUGAGCCUCUAAAUGUGUGGUUAUCUUAUUAUAUUGUAAACUAAUACACUGUUUGUCUAGUAUUGAUUAGGUUCCCAUGCAUAUGUAUUUUCACAAUGUGCUCCCCUCCCCAAAUCAGAAUUAAACCAGAUUUUGCAGAUUC